CGUGCAAUCACUUCCUUCACCUUGCCCUUCGCGAGUAAGCAUGGGGUGGCUGCGAUGGGACUGGGUAACUCCCGGUUCUUCCCCCAGUUCCCCUUCUGGAGUUGUGUUCAACACCCUCCCUGGGGUCCCCUGCCAGGCCACUGUCCCCACGUGGGGCUGUGGAGUGACCAGGUGGUUCCUGGUGGAGAAAUUGGGAUCGGAUGCUCUUGCAUUGAGGAGGCAGGUGCUUCAUGCCCGGCUUGUGCCGGCUGGGAAUGAAGGGGAGGGGGAGCUGUCUUUGUUCCAGACAAGGGAGCAGAUGCAUGUCAGUGUACAGCCUGCUGGGGCUGCACACACACAGCACAAACACACGUGCACACAAGCACAUGCGCACGCUCCUGACCAAGAACAUGUGGUGCAAAACAGACCCUCUUCUCAGCUAUCCCACUUCCUGCUGGACGAGUCCUCCUGGGCACAGACCUACUCCCAGCCCACCUUCUGCUGGCCUCCCCCUUUCCAGCAGCUUGCAAAGAGGGGUAUUUCAUUCUUGCUGUGUCUCUAAAGAAAAAUGAAUGGGUCUCCCAGGCUGCCAGUAGUGCAGUGUGGUAAUGGUAGGUGAAGCUAUGGCUACUGUCUCAAGUCCUGCUCUUCCUUCUGAUAAAGAAGUGGCUGUUUCUCUGCUGCUGGGGCUCCAGGAAAUUGCUGAAAAUCGACCUGUCAGGCAGCUGGUCAGGGGGAGGUGGCCCUCAGCUGUGCCGUGGGCUUGCAGGAAGUGUCUUUCAGACAUGGGGCUGUGCACAGGCACACACCCCCAUGGACGUGGGUUUGCAUGCCUCCACUCUGCCGUGCAUGCAGACAGCAUCCAUAUGUGCACCGUUCCUCCUCCACAAACCAUGGGAGAACUGGUAGGUGGUGCAGGAAGUGCACUGCUUACUCCUUCGUGUGGCUCUAGGGUGAAACUCUGCACUUUAUGAUGGGCUCAGUGCUGAGCCUCCACAGCAGGCAAAUGAGGGGGAAUGUAUGUUCCUGUGGGAGCUGAACUGCUAGGGCAUAGCUGAAGUCAUGAAGAAUGUCCCUUUGCUUAUUACAGGUAAAAUGCAGGGAGUAGAGCAUGAGCAGCCAGGGCCUUGGGCUCCUCAGGCUACAGGCCAUCAGCUCCCACAGCUCAAUGAACUGGACUUGAGGCAAUGCCGAACCAGGAAUGAUACAGACUGUGCCAGGGCUGGGGGACAGCUGACAACAGCCCUGGGGAUUCACUGAAAUGGCAUUGUCCCAGCCCCUCCUGCCUCCAGGCUGCUGGACCCUUGUGACAGAGCCUGGCUGGUGGGCCUGCUCGAGGGGGGGGGUGGGGGGGGGUUGCUCCACAACCCCCUCCCCAGUCUUUUACCUACUGAGAGCCCCUUGGGUCUCCUUUGCAGACGGGCUCUUUGUGACCGACUACUUCACCCGCACACCACGCAAGCUCAGCCCCUUCCGCUCCUUUGCCAGCAUUGAGCUCUUCCACUUCCACAUUCCUGAGGACACAGUCAUCGCCGUCUGGAACCUUAUCACCUUCAAGGAGCAAGGUGGCACCUUUGGGGAUCAAUGCCCAGACCGUAGCAUCACAGUGUACUUCCGCUCAGGGGCUCCCUCUGUCAUUAACCCGCUGCACACGCACUUCCCCAGGGACACGGCCGUCCCUGGCUCCUUCGCACUGACCCUCACCUGGACCCUGCCCAACCGCACCACAGGAGUGUUCAAUGUCACCAGCCCACUGCCCGGGGACUGGUUCCUGGCUGCCCACCUGCCCAAAGAUGAGGGCAAGAUCUCUGUUAAGGGACUCUACGAGGAGUGCCAGUAUCUCUUCCAGCCACAGCUCAUUGUGCAGCGCCUGGUGAACAUUGCUGUACUGUACCCCGGUCACAUCACCGAGCAGAGCAUGGCCCUCCACAACCGUUCCUGCCUCUACAAGGUCUUUGUGCCCAGCUACACAUCGCGAGUGCUCGUGGAGGUACUGCGGUGCCGUGGGGCCGAGGGCUGCCCACUCUGGUUGCGUGUGCGGGCCAAGGCUCCCCCCCUGCACAACUCCACCACUCUAGACUGCCGAGAACACACUCCCUGCCAGCUGGCACAGGACCUGCCCUUCUGGCAACACUGGUACUACGUGUUGGUGGAGAAACACCCUGGGGUGCUGGGCACCGUCUCCUUCCAGGUCACCGUGCAGCUCACAGACUGUUCCCGACCCAACCUGGCCCGACCACCAUUCCUGCCCUCCAGCGCCUCCAUGAACAUGCCCCACUCCUUUGGCUCUGUGGGUGGGCUGGCGCUGGGGGACAGCCCUCCACCCACCAGCUCCAACGACACAAAGCACCCUGUCCCCAUCCCUGUCACCUCACACGCCGGAGAACGGUGCUGGCCUGUCCGCCCCACGCUGCGCAACGAACUGGACACCUUCUCCGUCCACUUCUACAUCUUCUUUGGGCCCAACGUGUCAGUGCCACCUGACCGCCCCGCUGUCUUUGUCAUCAACCUCCUGCCAGUGCUGGACAGUGGUGGGGUGCUCAACCUGGAGCUGCGGCUCAACGUGAGCUCCUUGUGUGGUGAGAAUGUGACAGUGUUUGGGUGUCUAAACCAUGAAGUUCCACUGACAACCAGUGACAACACCUCGGUCACCUGUGAGACAGAGUCUCUGGCAGGCUUCCUGCUCUCCGUUAAUGCCACAGCCAGCCUCAGCCGCCUGCGCAUCCCCUACCCACAGACGGGCAGCUGGUACCUGAGCCUGCGCUCUCUCUGUGCCACGGAGCACGGGUUUGAGCCCUGCACCAAUGUGACAGCUGAGGUGUACCUGCGCGCCUACCUCUCACCCUGCAUCAAUGACUGCGGCAUCUACGGCCAGUGCAAGCUGCUGCGCACCAACAACUACCUGUACGCUGCCUGCGAGUGCAAAGCUGGCUGGAAUGGCUGGGGCUGCACGGACAAUGCUGAGGCUUUCUCCUACGGCUUCCAGCUCCUCUCCACGCUGCUGUUGUGCCUCAGCAAUGUCAUGUUUGUGCCUCCUGUGGCCAUUGCUGUCCGCAGCCACUACCUCCUAGAAGCUGCUGUCUACAUCUUCACCAUGUUCUUCUCCACUUUUUACCAUGCCUGCGACCAGCCGGGCAUCGUGGUGUUCUGCAUCAUGGAGUAUGAUGUGCUGCAGUUUUGUGACUUCUUGGGCUCUCUCAUGUCUGUCUGGGUCACUGUCAUCGCCAUGGCCCGGCUCCAGCCCAUAGUCAAGCAGGUGUUGUACCUGCUGGGGGCCAUGCUGCUCUCCAUGGCUCUGCAAAUGGACCGUCACGGGCUCUGGAACCUUCUAGGGCCCAGCCUUUUCGCUUUGGGGAUCAUGGCCGUCGCUUGGACGGCUCGCACCAUCCGUCGCCGCCACUGCUACCCACCGACCUGGAAGCGCUGGGCAUUCUACCUGUGCCCAGGAGCGCUGAUUGCAGCGGCGGCCGUGCUGCUCUACGCCUUUGUGGAGACAGAGGAGAACUACUUCUAUAUCCACAGCAUCUGGCACCUGCUCAUCGCCGGCAGCGUUGGCUUCCUGCUGCCACCCCGUGCCAAGCCCAGCAGGCGCCUGGGGCCGCUGCCCCGGCGCAAGGGAUGUGGGUACCAGCUCUGUGUCAAUGAGCAGGAGGAGCUGGGGCUUGUCGACCCUGCUGUGGCCUCCAUCAACAGUAUUUGCACCAGCUGAUGCUGACGCCAGCUCAGACUCCUCUGUCAUGUACAGCAGCCCUGUGGGCCUUGGCACCCACUCUCUUUGCUGGCUACCCAUUUCUGGGAGUGCCAGGACUCCUCUGGACAGGCACACGGCCACCUGUGCCAACCUGUUCUUCCAAUUAUAGCCUGAUUGAACUUGUC